AGCGCGGUGAGAGGAUGGCUGUACGCUUCGGCUUGUGCCUACUGCUGGUGUUGCUGCUUUAUGCGCUUUUGGGAGCUGCUGCCACUGUUAAAGAGAAUGAUGGAUCCAUGAAAUCAAAAGGAAGAAGUUUCAUUGGCCAGAAGGUUACAAAUGCAAAUAAUUCUGAAGAGUUAUACAAGGUGGAUGAAUUUGUAACGGAAGUCCUCACAGGAAAGCUAACUACAGUUUUUCUUCCCAUUGUUUAUAUCUUUGUCUUUAUAAUUGGUUUGCCAACCAAUGCCAUGGCCCUCUGGGUCUUUUUUUUCCGAACAAAGAAGAAACAUCCAGCUGUGAUUUAUAUGGUUAACUUGGCAUUAGCAGACCUUCUUUUUGUUGUCUGGUUCCCACUGAAGAUUUCAUACCAUCUAAAUGGCAAUAACUGGCUAUUUGGUGAAGGUCUCUGCAAAGUAUUUGUUGGGUUUUUCUAUGGGAAUAUGUACUGUUCCAUCCUCUUUAUGACAUGUCUCAGUGUACAACGGUAUUGGGUUGUAGUGAACCCCAUAGUGCAUUCAAAAAAGAAAUCAGAAAUUGCUUUGGGCAUCUCCAUUGCUAUCUGGAUACUGAUUUUGUUGAGCACUAUUCCACUGUAUCUUGUUAAUCAGACGGCAUAUAUUUCAAAUCUUAACAUCACAACCUGCCAUGAUGUGUUGCCUGAAAAUGUUUUGGCUCAUGAUAUGUUCAGUUAUUUCCUCUCACUUGCAACUGGACUCUUCUUAAUCCCAGCAAUCAUCACAGCUGUUGCAUAUGUUCUAAUGAUUAAGACCCUGAGUGCUUCCAUCAUAGAUGUAAGCACUGGGAAGAAAAGAAAAAGAGCAAUCAAACUCAUUAUUGUUGUCCUGUCCAUGUAUCUCAUCUGUUUUACACCUAGCAAUGUGCUGAUUAUUGUGCACUAUUCGCUCCUCAAAGCCUACAGCCAGAGCCAUCUGUAUGUGUGGUACAUAACUGCGCUGUGUCUUUCUACUUUGAAUAGUUGUAUUGAUCCAUUCAUCUAUUAUUAUAUUUCAAAAGACUUCAGAGACAACCUUAAAUAUGCUCUUCUUUGCCGAAGUGUGCGAACUACACAGAGGAUGCAAGUGUCUCUCUCAUCAAGCAGGAACCUCAAGAAAUCAGAUUCUUAUUCUUCAAACUCAAGUAGGACCAAUAAAUCAACCUACUGAGUUUAAUCUUAGGAAAGUGAACUUUUGUUAUUACUGGUGAAAGGAUGUGAGUGACAAUAGACUUACUUUGUACAAGAGAGUCUGAAGAAACACAUCUGCAUUUUAAUUACAUUGAAGCCUGGAAUUUGGAACUGACAGUUGCUUAUUCUGUGUUGAAAUGAUAAGCAGAUAAAUCUUUGUGGAAAACUGGGGGGAAAAUAAAGACAUUUCAGAUGCUGUGGGAAAAUGCUGCUGACUUAGAAGUGAGUUGGGGCUGAAGGCAUUCUAGUUGAAUACAAAAGUUGCAUAAAAGCAAAAUGUCUCUGGAAUAUUUGCAGUAUUGUUAGUAUUUUUAGUUACCAGAAAAAUCUGUUUUAACUGUAGUGUAUUAAGCAUCUGAACAGAUUGUGUGUAUAGGACUUUGCUCUAUGUACCUGCUUACACUGAACAUUUGAAGCUGUAGAGAGAAGUAGAGGAGAAUCCAUUUCACCAUCUUGGAUUAGACUGCUUGUUAUCUUUGGUAUAAUAUAAUUUAUAUAUUUUUUGCCAAGUUACUGUGCUGUAAAUAUUAACAUAGCAAAAGCUUGCCAUGUUAUCCUGUUUGAGUUGACAAGCUCAUCUUGUUAUCAGCUAGCACUGGGAUAAAAUGUUAGUUGAGAUUAUCCACUGUUACUUAACAGUUGCCAGUACAUGAUCUUAUAUGGGGAUAUACAACAAAGUGUUGAUGGAUAGCUAUUUGAUUUUAUAAAAUGUGCCU